AUGCAAGUCAUCGCGAAGCACCUGUACCCCGCUGUUGCAGCUUUCCUUGCUGCAUAUGCUGCCCACAUUUACCUGAGACGGUCUGAUGUACCGGCUCCAGCGGGAGGAAGGUGCCAUGACGCCCGGCCGUCUGACAGGGACGCCGCGGGAGGACCGUAUCGGCACGGCGCGGUGGCCUCCGACUCCGCACAGUGUUCACGGAUAGGCAGAGACACUCUGAUGAACGGUUCGGCCGUGGAUGCCGCCAUUGCUACCAUCCUGUGUCUGGGUGUCGUGCAUCCUCAAUCUCUGGGGCUCGGCGGGGGGUUUGUGAUGACCGUGUACACCAAAGAUACCGGCACGUCACAAGUCAUCAAUGCGCUUGAAACAGCCCCUUUGGCAUCCUCGGAAGACAUGUUUGCAGAGAACCCAGAUCUGGCUACAAUGGGUGGCAUAUCAGUGGCAGUACCGGGCCAGGUCCGCGGGCUGUGGGAGGCGCACCAGAGGUACGGGAAGCUGCCGUGGAGAGACUUGUUCCUACCGGCUAUACAGCUGGCAGAGGAGGGGACCUGCAUAGGGAAGCAUCUCGCCAUAGCCAUGAGAGUGAAGGAAGCUGACAUCCUGGACAGAAAAUACGGCCUCUGUGACGUGUUCUGUGACGAGCACGGGACCAUGCUGCGUGAAAACACGACCGUCAGAAGACCACAACUUGCCAAGACGCUCCUUGCGGUUGCCAAUGGUGGUGCAGAUGCCUUCUACACAGGCGAGAUUGCCAAGAAUUUGGUAAAGGACAUUCACAACCACGGCGGCAUCAUUACUGAGCAAGACCUGUUGGACUACCGGGCGGAAGUAACGACGCCUCUGAACACGUCACUUCCGGAUGGAAGGGUUCUGCUGACGUCACCACCUCCCUCAGGAGGAGCUGUCUUAAGUCUUAUUCUCAAUAUCUUAGCAGGUUAUGGGCUGAACUCUUCAGCAAGGGAAGGUGUGCAGAACCAGGUUCUGACGUACCACAGGAUGCUGGAGGCUUACAAGUUCGGUUUCGCACAUUGGAUGGAGCUGGGAGACCCCAACUUCGUAAACGUUGAAAAGCUCACGAAGAGGAUGGUAUCGAAAGAUUUCGCGGACGAACUCCGCCGUAAGAUCGACGACACCCGGACGUUCGACAGCUCCUACUACGGCUUGGAUGUGCCCAGUCAGGACAUCAGUGGGACUUCUCAUGUGUCCGUGUUGGGGCCGAACGGAGAUGCCGUGGCCGUCACCAGUUCUAUCGGACGUUACUUCGGUGCGAGGUUCCGAUCUCUGUCUACUGGCAUCAUCCUCAACAACCACAUGGAGCUCUACACACUGCGUGGGGAAAACGGCAGCACACGAAUAUCUUCAAAGAGUCCAGGGUACGCCGUUCAGCCGGGGAAGCGCGGGAAAACGCUGAUGAGUCCGACCGUCGUUCUGAACAGUAGCGGUGACGUCAGGCUGGUGAUCGGCGGCUCGGGAGGAUAUAAACUCAUGACGGGGUUGACAGACGCUCUUUUCCACCACCUGCUGCUGGGAAUGAACAUCUCCUCUGCCAUAGAGAAGCCACGUCUUCACCUGGCGGUCACCCAAGAUGUGGGCGAGCUGAACUAUGAGAGAAGAAAUCCGUUUAAACCGGAGGAGGUGUUGCAUGAGCUCGAGAAGAUGUACGGAAAAGCAGUCCCGGAGUGGCACCAGGCCAUGGUACAGGCUGUGGCUCGGGAGGACUUGGCAAUCUCCGGCUCCGCUCGGGAGGACUCGGCAAUCUCCGGCUCUGCUCGGGAGGACUCGGCAGUCGAGAAAAACUGA